CAUUCACUGUUUUCCACGUGGAGUGGCUGUCUGUCAGAAAAUCUGUUGCUUAAUUCAAAUUUUAGAAGCUUGCCACUUCACGCGUCCUUACAGCUUAUAGUAAUAAUUUGAAAUAACAUAUCUGGAUUCUCCAUAUAGUUUGAGGACAUUACAAUGAAGGUUUGUAAGGGAGCAUCAGACAGAAGUGGCCUUGUGGCUGUUAUCUUUUUCUUGUUGGGAAUGGGAACUCUGCUUCCAUGGAACUUCUUCAGCACUGCAAUAAAUUAUUUCACUGACCGUUUGAAAAAUGGUACAAAUUCUACUCAGACUGACACUUACAUGUUUGGUAACAUGAGUGUGCUGUUAGCCCAGCUUCCCUUGCUGCUAUUCACACUUCUCAACUCUUUUCUGUACCAGCACAUUGCAGAGAAGAUUCGUAUUGCUGGCAGCAUGGUCUUCAUAUUACUACUCUUCAUUCUUACGGCCAUUUUAGUGAAAGUUAAGAUGGACCAGGACCACUUCUUUUCCAUUACAAUGGCGACAAUUUGGUUUAUUAACAUGUUUGGGGCUGUGCUGCAAGGUAGUCUAUUCGGUCUGGUCGGUAAGCUGCCUCCAAGAUUCAGCUCCCUGUUCAUGAGUGGACAGGCAGUGGCAGGAAUCUUCUCUGGUAUUGCCUUUCUGUUAUCGAAUAUCUUUGAAACUGACUCUGAGAGUUCUGCCCUGGGAUAUUUCAUAAUCCCCUCUGUCGCCACCCUACUUAAUUUAUGCUGCUACCUCGUACUUCCGCAUCUGAGAUUUGCCCAACUUCAUUUGGAAAAUGUGUCCACUAAAACUACGUUGAAAGAACCAUCACCAAAUAGUUCUGAGAUUGUUAAAGUGAAGUUGAAUAAUUUUGACGAUGGAUUUGAUGACAUUGGUGAAACUGAAGCAUCUAAAAAGCUGAAUGAGGUCAAACAGGACCUGAAUGAGGAGAAGUCAACUGUGCCACAAGUCUUCAAAAAGAUUUGGGUGAUGGCUUUAUGUGUGACAUGCGUGUUUGCCGUCACACUGUCCGUUUUUCCAGCAAUUACUAUAAAUACAAAACCUUCUGGCUUAUUUGAUGGGAAAGAUAACAUCUUCGCACCUUUGUGUUCAUUCAUUGUCUUCGGUGUGAUGGACUGGAUUGGCAGAAUUCUCACUUCUCGUCUUCAGUGGCCUUCAAUGAAGAGUCAUUUAUUUCCUUUUUUUGUGGUAUUACGGGUAGUUUUCAUCCCUGCCCUCAUGCUCUGCAACAUUCAGCCCCGCUUCUAUCUCCCAGUCUUUUUCAAUCAUGACAUGGCUUAUAUCAUCAUCAUGUCUUUGUUUGCCAUGACGAGUGGAUAUUUUGCCUGCCUCUCCAUGAGCUAUGCUCCACAGAUGGUGAGGCCUAAAGAUGCGGAGACAGCAGGAGCUCUGAUGACCUUCUUCCUGGCUUUGGGACUCUCUCUAGGUGCCACUUUCUCUUUUGGCCUUAAAAAAAUUAUUUAGGGAAGAUCCCACAGGCUGAUACUUCUGUCAUCUCAUUAUCCCACCAACCUGAACAAGUUUCAACUGACUGUUGUUUUGUGCAUAGUUGAGUAUGCAAGCUUUUCAAAGUAUACUCCAUUGUGUGUGUGUGUGUGUGUGUGUGUGUGUGUAUAUAUUGCACAUUUGGUGCAUGCAGACUAGUGGCACUUACAUUCAAGCAUCCAGACACAUUCAUUGUUGUCCAUGUGAGCAAAAAAUGAGUGCACAGACAUCAGCAGACUGUACAGAUGACAAACAUGUAUAAAAUAGUUAUUCUUUUGGCUUUAUAGUCAUGGUUUCUGAAGAUCCCAUAAAGAAAAAGGGAAAAAAAAUAGAUACUGUAGAUGUAAACUUUUCUCUUAACCUUUUUUUUUAUUAAUGUGUCUGUAUUUUA